CCCCCUCAGUUUUAAACUAACCCCUGACCUUUGAACUGAGAACGCCCUUCCAAAACAUUUACUUUCACACCCUCAGCAACAAACUUUGGCAACUAUAAUUGUCCCUGUGGGACAGAGGCUUGCCAGGCAAAGAUCUGCCCAGGGCGCUCAGUGCCCACAUGGGAGCCCACACCUCCUGUUUGCAAAGCUUCACCCUCCCUCUGACUAGCAACUGAAAGAAGGGGUGUUCUAAGGGGUGGCCUCAUCUCUGCCUUGACCUAGAGCAGGUUGGGGAGAGAAGGCCAGGGAUCCGCAGUAGGUCUCAGCCUUGAGAUUGUGCUGUAGACAUAACAAGGGGUGGGGACCCACGCAGGCAGGGGCGGGGCGAAGCAGGUGAUAUCCAUCCCAGAGACCAGCGCCCAGCAUUCCCGGGGCCUCUCCCUACGCAGCACAGCUCCAUGGACCGCACCGUGGUGCUCAUCACUGGCUGUUCCUCCGGCAUUGGCCUACACCUGGCCCUGCGCCUGGCGUCCGACCCAUCCCAGGGCUUCAAAGUGUACGCCACGCUGAGGGACCUGAUGGCACAGGGCCCACUUUGGGAGGCCGCCCGGUCCCGAGGGUGCCCUCCCGGCUCCCUGGAGAUGUUGCAGCUGGAUGUGAGGGACGCAGAUUCCAUAGCCGCUGCCCGGGCACGCGUGACCGAGGGCCGCGUGGACGUGCUGGUAUGUAACGCAGGCCGGGGCCUGGUGGGGCCGCUGGAGGCACACGAGGAGGGCGCCGUGGGCUCCGUGCUGGAUGUGAACCUGACCGGUACCGUGCGGAUGCUGCAGGCCUUCCUGCCGGACAUGAAGCGGCGACGCUCGGGACGCAUAUUGGUGACCGGGAGCGUGGGAGGCUUGAUGGCUCUUCCCUUCAACGCCGUUUACUGCGCCAGCAAGUUUGCAAUCGAGGGUUUGUGCGAGAGUCUGGCGAUUCUGCUGCAGCCCUUCGGAGUCCACUUGAGUCUCAUCGAGUGCGGCCCGGUGCACACCGCCUUCCCCGAGAAGCUGGAGGGCGGCCUGGGCGGGGUGCUGGACCGCGCGGACCCCGAGACCCGCGACCUCUUCUCCCGCUACCUGAGCCACUCCGAGCAGAUCUUUCUUGAGGCGGGGCAGGACCCGGAGGACGUGACCGAGGUCUUCCUCCAGGCGCUGCGCGCCCCGCGCCCGGCCCUGCGCUACUUCACCACCGAGCGCUUCCUGCCCCUGAUACAGCUGCGCUUCUCCGACCCCAGCGGCUGCAGUUACGUCGCUGCUGCGCACCAAGCAGUGUUCGGCGACCAGGCCGCCGAGGGCUCAAACGGCGCCGGGGCGGAGGCCGGAGCCGGAGAACCGGGGGCACCUGAGCUCGGAGCUCCUCUUGCCGCCCCGAAAUAAAGGCCUGGUUCGCCGCUGUCUCCCGCGCUCUCCUUUGUGGCCCCGGGUUUUGCGGUCUGGGGAUGAAAAGGGGCUUUUCACUGCACCGCACUUGUGUGAUCACUGGCGCGCGCGGCGGGUGGAUGAUCAGGAAAGAAGGUGUUAGCCCGGGUUAUACCUACGGAAACCGAGGUCCAGAAAGGGAAGGAGCUAGCCCAAGGUCACGCCUCAAGUGCGCCUCAGGGCAGGGAGAGUGGUCCCUGGAUUCCCGAGGGGUGUCUGCAGCAGUAGGAGUUAGGUGGACUUGGGUGCGGGGACAGUCGGCUGUGACUUGGCUCCCACGAGUCCUGGGACCUUAGGCAACGUCCUACCCUCUCCGAGUCCAUUCUCUUACCUGCAAAACGGGUAUAAUACCUAUGUCGUGGAUUGUGAUAAGAAUUAAUUGAGAUAAUGCC